AUGGCGAUGGAGAAGCCACGACCCAAUGCUCUAACAAUCCCAAGAUUCAUACUCCAUUUCUCUCUCUGUCUUCCACUCUCCACCAUUUUUGCCUCUGCUCAAGCUUUUGAUUAUGGUGACGCCCUCUCAAAGAGUCUCCUUUACUUCGAAGCACAGAGGUCAGGUCGCUUACCGUACAGCCAAAGAGUCACUUGGCGUCACCAUUCCGGCCUCACCGAUGGAUUAGAACAAGGGGUAGACUUGGUUGGAGGGUACUAUGAUGCUGGUGACCAUGUAAAGUUUGGGUUACCAAUGGCAUUCACAGUGACAAUGCUGUCAUGGGGUGUCGUUGAAUACGCCGAAGAGAUCGCCGGCGCCGGAGAAUUGGAGCAUGCUUUGGAGGCAAUUAAGUGGGGAACUGAUUAUUUCAUUAAAGCUCACACUAGUCCAAAUGUGUUAUGGGCAGAGGUGGGUGAUGGAGACACUGAUCACUACUGCUGGCAACGGCCAGAGGACAUGACUACGUCGCGGCAAGCAUACAAGAUCGACGAGAACAAUCCCGGGUCGGAUCUCGCCGGAGAGACUGCGGCUGCAAUGGCUGCGGCAGCCAUUGUAUUCAAGAAAACUAACCCACAUUAUGCUCACCUAUUGUUGCACCAUGCCCAACAGUUGUUUGAGUUUGGUGACAAGUAUAGAGGAACAUAUGAUAGGAGUGUUGGGGUGGUGAAGAGCUACUAUGCAUCAGUGAGUGGGUACAUGGAUGAGUUGUUGUGGGCAGCUUUGUGGCUAUACAAAGCCACCGACAAUGAGGAAUAUUUGAAGUAUGCAAUUAACAAGGCUCAUUGCUUUGGUGGCAUUGGUUGGUCUAUUACUGAGUUCAGCUGGGAUGUUAAGUAUGCUGGUCUUCAAAUCAUUGCUGCAAAG